CAACAACCAAUGACCGCAGCAAAUGAAUUAUAAAAGAUGGCUGCGCCCAUGUGGAAAGGAGCACUGGAUAAUUACGUGAAAACUGGAACUGAUUCCUUGACUCCAAAUGUUGCUAAAUGGAUCAUAGAUGGUACCAUUACUCUGUUGGAGCUGAUUGAAGGAUUGGGGAAGUACUUGACCAGUGAGGAAACAUAUGAGCGAAGCCGUGUAGUCAAGCUUCUGGCUGAUAUCCUUCAUCUGCUCCCUACAGACAUACUUGCUGCAAAUGAGAUUGAGCUACUGGUGGCCUACUUGUGUGAUAGACUGAAGGAUCACCACUCGAUACAACCUCCCACACUUCAUGGAUUACUGGCUCUGAGUCAUUCGAAACACUUGCCAGAAGGAUGUCCAGUAAAAAUUUGUCGAUCAAUUUUUAGUGAGGUUCAAACACAGACGCUGUCCCAGGGAGAUCGACGAAAUGUAUACACAAUUUUCUCUGUUCUCCUCACCACCAACCUCGCAGAGCUACAGAAGCUGGGAAGUGACUUUGUGCUGGGCUAUAUACAGACAAUGGACACCGAGAAGGAUCCUCGUAACUUAGUGUUAGCCUUUCACUGUGCUACGAUAAUCAUCCAUAACUUCUCACUGGGUGUGUUUUUAGAGGAGAUGUUUGAAGUGGUGUCCUGUUAUUUUCCUGUGGACUUUACUCCACCGCCUGGUGAUCCCCAUGGAGUCACCAAAGAGGACCUCAUACUAGGUCUGAGAGGCUGUCUGGUUGCGAGCAGCCAAUUUGGUCAGUACUGUUGUCCACUACUUCUGGAAAAACUCUCCUCUGAUGUGACCAGCGCCAAAGUAGACUCGCUGAGGACUCUGGAAGCAGCCGCAAAUGUGUAUGGAUCUAAAUGUUUACUGGAAUAUAGGACAUCUCUGUUUAGCUGCAUCAAACGAGAGGUUUUUGGAUCAGGAAAUGAAGAACUUGAGACUGCAGCCCUGUUGGCACUGACAGCCAUGACGACUACAUUCUCACUAGAUACUAUCAACAGCCAGACAUGUGCUGAGGAGUUUGUGUCUGAAGUGUGGAAUGAGUGCAGACAUUACCUAGGAGAUGAUAAUUUACAUCUGCUGGCUCCGUCGUGUCGUCUGCUUUGUGCUGUAGCUGCGGGAUCAGAGAUCUCUUGCUGUGAAGUCCUGUCUUUGGUGAUGACACGUCUAGUCCAGAUAUUCUACAGCCAUCCACUGGCAUCGGAGAGAAAAGCUGUAGUGGAAUCACUACAAAGUUUUCUUCGAGUCACUCGGCAGUUUCACUCGGAGAAAGCAAAGAAAUCUAUAAAUGAAUUCCAGACCUCAGUUUAUGCUGUAAUUAUGUCUGCCAUAACUGAGAGUGAUGUCCAGCUGAGAGUAGCAGCUGUCAGAUGUCUGGACACCUAUUUACAACUGCCCUUGACCUUGCCUGGAUCUGACCGUCCUGUCAUGGCCAAUGUCAUUGUAGACAAGAUAUUUAAAGAUGAAGACCACGAUGUCAGAUCCAGCUGCAUUAGUUUCCUUUCUACUCUGGCAAAAAGUGAUGUAUCAACCAUCAAAUCUGUAGUGCUGCCUUGUCUGGUGGACAAACUGAGGACAAAACCGAUGGAGAUUGAUGGUGUUAAUCCUGAACAGCAUCACAUGGCAUUCACAGGACUGGCAGCCAUUUCCGUGACAACAGAGCUCCUUUCUUUGGUUGUCAAGGAGCUUUUCAACUAUCUGUCCUCCCUGGCGCAGUUGUCCAGUGGUCAGUCAGAUGUCCAGUCUGUGGCAAGAUGUUUAUCCGACAUCUUCACCUCAGCUGUACCACAACCGGACAUGCUGACCGUCCUCUAUAACCAGACCCUCCCAGAACUCUUUAGUCUCCUUGUUACUAUGGCAACAGAUCCUAGUCAUUUCAACAGCUGUUUACAUCAUGGUGUUGUUCUCCAGUAUCUAACCACCUGUGUUUGCCAGGUUGUUAUUCAUCUGGAUGCGAGGAGAUUAACAGAUUUGCAUAGACAUGUGACGCAAUUAUAUCUACAUAACGAUACAACUUACCUUUCCCGUACACCGUCCACAGCGUUCCAGCCACUACAGAUUUCCUCACCCUGGCAACAGACAGAAUUGAUAACCGUAGCAACCCCUGUGAUAUGUUCCUGUCCUGAUGAGAUGUUCGAGUCCUGUCUGACAGAGUACAGCCAGCAUUUGUGGUCACUUUCCCUCAAGUCUGACCAUGAACUGACCAGGAGAGCUGCUGCCAAGUGUUUGGCUGGACUUAUCAACAGAUGGCCUACUGGUGACAGUCUAUCAAACUUUCUACUGUCAACGUGUGACACGAUAAAUACUAUUCUGAGAAAUGACGCUGUGGAAGGAAGCAAGAGAGCUGCACUGAAUCAGCUAAUCUGGGUCACAAAAGCUCUUGCCAUGAGGGGCCAUAUUAAAGCUAAGGAGCUUAUUACCACGCUUACACAUCUAUUAGAUGACCGAUGUGUUGGAGAGCACGCCGCUAGUGGCUUUGGGAUCAUUUUAGGGGACUUCAUGGAUGUACUCUCCAAGCCCCUUGGUGCUAACAUACGAAUGAUGUACAAACAGAGAGUAUUUGUGGAAAAUGUUGACAAGUUAAAAGAAGGAUUCAACAGCUCCCCUCCUGCUACCAAGAAGAACUACCUGACUUGCUUAUCACACAUGCUGAAAAUACUCCCUAAACAAGUCCUACUCACUGAACUGCCUCCAUUAUUCCCCCUGAUGGUACAAUCCUUGUUGUGUGAUGACCUUGACCUUCAGUUGUCUACCAUGACAAUACUUUGUGACUGUACCCAUGAUGCACCUGUUGUGAUAUCUAAACAUGUGGAGACACUGGUUCCACAGCUACUUCAGCUGUGUACACACGCUUCCUCAAUGAAAAUCCGCAUGAAGUCUUUACGAUGUAUAAAUGCACUGUCAGUCUUGCCUGCCCACCUGUUGUUACCGUACAAAUCUAGUGUGGUGCGUAGUUUGGAGCUAGUCCUUGACGACAAAAAACGACUCGUCAGAAAGGAGGCUGUUGCUGCACGCACAGAGUGGUUUUUGGUUGGAACUCCAAGUUAGUCGCCCAGAUGAUGUCAUUAAUUAAUGGACCACUUCUUGUCCCUAAGAAAACAGAAUCUCACACCGCCCUGUUCCAGUGAUACACUCCGUACAUAGUAGACAUUCAGUGAGGUGCUAUAAGUCUGUGAAUUAUAACUUAUAUGGUGUUCAUUUAGAUAAUUACAGUAAAACUUAUGUCGAACACGCUAAUGAAUCGAAUACAUCGGAUGAGUUGA